GCAGAGGGCAGCACGAGCCGCCAUGUCCUGCUGUCGUCACUUCCGGUCUUCUCCUCUCCACGUGCAGGACUGUCUGCGGGCCUCGGAGUUUCACGGAUCAUCAUUGGAGAUUCUGCAUCUAGGAAAAUGAGCGCAAAGGUUCCGACUGCCGCCGAACUUCUGGCUCUAAACCCGGAAGAGGAGAAGAAAUUCCAGGAGAAGAUCCGCGAGGCGAAGAAGAAACCCCGAAAGGGGGGCGCUCUGGUUCCUGGUGUGGUCUAUGUGGGACACCUUCCUCUGGGUCUGUUUGAACCUCAGCUCCGGUCCUACUUUGAGCAGUUUGGAUCGGUCCAGAGGCUCCGGCUCUCCAGGAGCAAAAAGACCGGGGGCAGUAAAGGUUUCGCCUUCGUGGAGUUCGAGUGUGAAGACGUUGCGAGGAUCGUAGCAGAAACCAUGAACAAUUACCUGAUGGGGGAGAAACUCCUCAAAUGUCACAUGGUUCCCGCAGAGAAAGUUCAUGAGAAGCUGUUUGUGGGCUCCCAGAGGAACUUCAGGAAACCCUCCCACCCCGCCGUCACGCGCUACAACAGGAAGCGCUCGGCGGAGCAGGUCGCCAAGAUGACUGAGCGGCUGCUGAGGAAGGAGGCCAAGCUCCGGCAGAAGCUGAAGGCUCAUGGGAUGGAAUACGACUUCCCGGGAUUUGCGGCUCAGAAGAAGCUGAUGGAAGCUGCAGACUCCUCCUCCUGCAGUGAUGAUGUCACGCCGGUCUGCACGCCGUCUUUCACCGAGAGGAGGAAGUCUGCGGUUUCAGAUGACACAGAUGACGAGAUCAUCCUGAAGAUUCCAGCUGUGGAGGAGGUGGAGGAAGAAGACAGCGAGGAGGAAGAGGAGUCCUCUGAGGAGGAGCAGUGAACUUCUGUCCGGACUUCUACAGGAUGGCUUGGACCGUACUGUAAUUUUUGACUUUUUAAAGCUCCUGGUUCUCAGAGGAGCUGCUUUGAGUCUGACAGACAGCAGGUGGCGCUCUAACAGGACCAGGAGAGCAUGUUCCUGCAACAAGGGUCGAACUCUCAGGAGCAGAAGCUGCUGUCAGAAGAACAGAGGAACGUCUGCAGUUUUGAUGUUUGACAAAGAGAACUUUCAGUCUGAUGGAAAAUGUUUAUUUUAGAGAAUAAAAAUCUAUAAUUCUGUGUCUGUAUAAAAUGAGGAGAUUCUUAACCAUCUC